UUAUUAUUCAGUGAGGAGGGUGGGCGGCUGACAGGUGGGCGGUAGAGUGCUCGAGUGUCAGCUGAAUCUCUGCCAGAUUCUUCAUCUUGAAUCUUUCUUCCCUCUGGACUGCCCUGCGCUCAUCAUGAAUAUAGGAGAGCUGGUGUCAUUGUAUGGAAUAUCUAGAGCCCUGAGGUAGGGUGUUGCUUGGUCGCCAUGAAGAGUGAACGCCAGGAAGAAGACCGUAGACUGGAGGUAAGGGUAGCAGAUGAUCGAGAUUUUGAGCGGCUGAAGAAGCUUUGUGACUGUCCUGAUGGAUGGAGCCUGGCCUACGAGAACCCACCCACCAGGGUUUACACUCGUCCCACUAAGAACUCCACUUUCCACAUGAUCAAGCAGCAGAAGCAACACAUGGAUAAACAAACAUAUCUACGGGAGAAUUGUGACAUUGACCCUGCUAUAAAUAGAAGCCAGCUGGGUCAAGAUGCUGUGGGUCAAGAAACCAUUAACAAGAGAAUAGGCUGCUGGGGAUCAGAUUUCAAACCAGGAGCUGACCCAGGCAGAUGUCCAAGACCAAAUGACUUUUAAACAACCUUGGGGAGUAGUAUAUGACCUUGGAGAGUAGUAUAAAUCACAUAUGGUUCCCCACGUGGAGUUAAACAUGGAUGGUGAACUUAACUGGCCAAUAAACAACCUGAAUAUCAUAGUUAGACCAAAAAGGAAUUUGUUAUUGUUGUAGGGAAAACUUGAACUUCUGAAAUGCCAAUAGGAUGACGUCGCAUUUCUGGAGCUGUACUACGGUUAAGAAUUAUUUGAUGGUAUUUUGUAUGUGUUUUCAUCCUUAUGUUGUUCACAUGUGGAUCCCCACGUGGAGUGAUCUCUGAAUGGUGGAUGGUAAACUAGGCGUGGAAGGAAAAAGUGCGAGACAUUGUGUAUAAAAUAGGCUGGACCUACAACAAAGGGGUUCGGCAGAUGAGAGAGAGCGCGAGAGA